GCGCAUUGUUCGCGCCAUGGCGGCUGCGGUGGCGACUUCCACGCCGGUCGGGCAGCGGACCCGGAGCAGCGCGGCCAGCACUCCUCUGAGCCCCACGCGCAUCACCCGCCUGCAAGAGAAGGAGGAUCUGCGGGAGCUCAAUGACCGCCUGGCCGUCUACAUCGACAAGGUGCGGAGCCUGGAGAUCGAGAACAGCUCGCUCCAUCUCCAGGUCACCGAGCGUGAGGAGGUGCGCGGCCGGGAACUCACCGGCCUCAAGUCCCUCUAUGAGGCCGAGCUAGCCGAUGCUCGACGCGCCUUGGACGACACGGCCCGAGAGAGGGCCAAGCUGCAGAUCGAGCUGGGCAAGAUCCGCGCUGAGCACGACCAGCUCCUCGGCAACUAUGCAAAAAAAGAAUCUGAUCUGAAUGGAGCCGUGGCUAAGCUUCGUGAGUUUGAAUCUGCUCUAAAUGCUAAAGAAGCAGCACUUGCCACAGCACUUGGUGAUAAGAAAAGUCUGGAGGGGGAGCUUGAGGAUUUGAAAGAUCAGAUUGCCCAGCUUGAAGCUGCUUUAGCAGCUGCUAAGAAGCAACUGGUAGAUGAAACAUUGCUGAAGGUGGAUCUUGAAAAUCGUUGUCAAAGUUUGAUUGAAGACUUGGAGUUCCGAAAAAAUAUGUACGAAGAGGAAAUCAAUGAGACACGAAGAAAGCAUGAGACCCGUCUCGUUGAGGUGGAUUCUGGACGUCAAAUAGAGUAUGAACACAAACUGGCCCAAGCACUUCAGGAAAUGAGAGAGCAGCAUGAUGUACAAGUGAAAAUGUAUAAGGAGGAGCUUGAGGAGACGUACCAUGCCAAACUUGAGAAUGCAAGACUCUCCUCUGAAAUGUGUAGUUCUGCAGCCAACACAGUGAGAGAGGAACUCAUGGAAAGCCGCAUGCGCAUUGAUAGCCUCUCAUCCCAACUGAGUACUUUACAGAAAGAGUCUAGGGGAUGGCUAGAGAGAAUGCAAGAACUGGAGGAUAUCUUGGCUAAAGAAAGGGAUAACUUCCGCAGAACACUGUCUGAGAAAGAGAGAGAGAUGGCAGAGAUCAGAGAUCAGAUGCAACAGCAGUUUAAUGAUUAUGAACAACUGCUAGAUGUAAAAUUGGCUCUGGAUAUGGAAAUCAAUGCAUACAGGAAGCUCUUGGAAGGUGAAGAAGAAAGAUUGAAACUUACACCCAGCCCAUCUUCUCGUGUGACAGUCUCUCGGGCAUCAUCAAGCCGCAGUGUGCGUACAACCAGGGGCAAGAGGAAGAGGGUUGAUGUUGAGGAAUCAGAGGCUAGUAGUAGUGUUAGCAUCUCUCAUUCAGCUUCUGCUACUGGAAACAUCUGCAUUGAAGAGAUUGAUGUAGAUGGGAAGUUUAUCCGCUUGAAGAACACUUCCGAUCAGGAUCAACCAAUGGGAGGUUGGGAAAUGAUCAGAAAAAUAGGAGACACUUCUGUCAAUUAUAAAUAUACCUCAAGAUAUGUGCUGAAGGCUGGCCAGACUGUUACAAUAUGGGCUGCUAAUGCUGGAGUAACGGCCAGUCCACCUUCUGACCUCAUCUGGAAGAACCAGAACUCUUGGGGUACUGGCAAAGAUGUGAAAGUUGUCCUGAAAAAUUCUCAGGGAGAGGAAGUUGCUCAGAGAAGCACAGUCUUCAAAACAACUUUACUUGAAGCUGAAGAGGGAGAAGAACCAGAGGAAGAACUAGUUGAAGCUGUAGAAGAGGAGGAUCUAUUCCACCAGCAGGGAGACCCACGAGCAGCCAACAGAAGCUGUGCAAUCAUGUAAACGCCAGUCACCUAUUUUCCUCAGUUAUGUUAAUCCCUUCCUGCAGAGGAGAGCCUUCUUGGAAGCACAACAUAUUUUUGUAUUUCCUUUUGUGAAUUUCAAAGCUGUGUCUGGCCUUAAUUUCCUUUGUCACAGAGAUGGAGGUUUUUGUAAGUGAAACCAUAUAUAUAGCUUUUUGAAAUGUGAAAUAUUGACACUGAAUAAUGUACUGUUUUUUCAAGAACAGCCCUCAUUUUUAUGCUGAACCUUUUUUUAAUAAUCCACAUUCAAAAAUAAUGAACUACUGUGUGUGGGGUUUGGUUAUUAGACUAGACAUCUGCUUUUUGUCCUUUUACAUUCUUAGGUGCUUUUUGGAAGGGGAAGGAAAGAUGCAUUCAACAAAACUUUUUGUACUGAAAAUUUUUGUAUUUUAGCAACCAAGUUACAAAAAUUUUACUCUGAACAUUUGUAAAAAGUGUUGUCUAUCAGUUGAAUCAUAAAUAGAAGGAUGAAGGAUUCAACAAAAUUCCUUUGCUAGUUUUACUUCACUUGAGAUACUUAAUCAGGAAACAGACUUAUGUUAAUGUAUUAGGUGUGUUUUUAAAUUCUAGUGUAAUGCAUACUUUUUCAUGUCAAACUAACAAAUAAACGCUAUAGUAAGAAGAA